UCAGAAGUGGAGGAUGACGAUAAAACUACUUGAAAACUCAAGAUCAAUAUUGUUAUUUCAUGCUGGGAGGUCUAUCAGGCAAGUUUCUGUUUAAUUUGUCUGGCGUACAUGGCUCCGUCAUCGAGACACGAGGAUGGAAGGAUUACUGAAAUACAGCUUGACAUGGGAGGGACGCACUCUGAUCUUGAGGAAUCUCAACCACAGGAGAAGAAGAGAUCGAAGCUACGAAGUUUCUUCCAGCUGACAAAGAAGGGCAGUUCACCAGUCAAAUGGUCGAUUAUCUUUAUCAUAUUUGUUGCUCUGUUCGGAAGUUCGUUUGUGAUUACGUUCCUUUUCCCUUUUCUCCCUCACAUGGUGGUGACGCUUGGUUACAGUGAAGAAGAAAAAGGUUACUACGCUGGUCUUGUUGCAUCUUCAUUCUUCUUUGGAAGAGUUUUUGGAAGCUACUUCUGGGGUUGGCUGUCUGAUAGCAAAGGACGUAAGCCCGUGAUUCUCAUCAACCUGGCGUUGACGGGCAUCACGACGUUUGGCUUUGGUUUCACAAAGACGUUAUGGUUUGCCAUAGUUAUGAGGUUCAUUACAGGAGCAAUGAAUGGUGUGAUAUCAACAGCCAAGUCUGUACUGUACGAAAUAUCAGAUGAUACUACACAAGCAAUUACGAUGUCUUCCAUUUCACUUGCGUGGGGGAUGGGCAUUAUCUUGGGACCAACUGUUGGUGGUUUCCUUGCCAACCCAUCAGAUAGAUACCCCGAUGUGUUCCCCCAAGAAGGCUUCUUCAAGGAGUAUCCAUUCUUCCUCCCGUGCAUGGUUGCCUGCCUCAUAUCCUUCUUUGCCUUUGUCAUUGUUCUCCUCAAACUGCCAGAGACACACACUAAAAUACUCAGACAAAAAAGAGAGAAGGCGAAAAGAGCUGAGGAGGCUGUGAGCAGAGGAGAGGAAGUAAGGCGACUGCUGGAGGUCGGAAAACAUCAAGGCAACGAAUCGAUCAAGUUCAUUAAAGUGCAACUGAAGAGUGUGAUAUCCCUCCCUGGAGACAUGGCGAAGACGCUGCAUCUAAAGACAUCAGAAAGCUGCGGUAAGUUUUCGGAGCACGUGAUGAAGCGUCCUCGCACUUAUAGUUGCUCUGCUAAAAUGGAGACGAACUCCAAUCGGAAUGAUGGUCUCAGGAAGAGGACAUCGUGUGAGGAGGCAGUGGAUUGCACACUAGUACGCUCACAGUCUGCUCCACUGAUGAGGAUGGACUCGACUGCUGCAGUGGCUGGACAGGGCCAGGGAGGACAGUGCAGGCCAACGACGUCAAGCCUUUGCUCGCGGUGGUUAACUGAGAGUGGAUCUCUAUUAAAACUGUUACGGAUGCGAGAUGUCCAGAAGAGUGUUGGGAUCUAUACAUUACUGUCCUUUGCUGUUGUUGGCUAUGAUCAAAUAUUUGCGAUUUGGUCUUCUACAGAUCCAAUGUAUGGUGGUCUUGGGUUCACCCCUGUUCAGAUUGGCUUAGCGAUUGGAGGAGUUUCUGUGCCACUGUUAAUGCUGCAGUUAUUCAUCUUCCCCAAGUUGGAGGCAACGCUAGGAGCCAAGCGGACGAAUCAUUGGUGCUGUUUCAUCUUAAUGAUUCUGAUCACAGCCACCCCAGUCAUGUCCGCCUUGGUUGACAAACCAGUGCCACUAUGGUUAAUGCUGCUAGUGAUCCUUGCCCCGAACAGGAUUGCUACAAUCUGCUGUUUCACAUCCAUGGCACUGUUCAUAAACAACUCAGUACCACCAGAGCAUGCAGGCGCCGUCAAUGGACUGUCGGUGACAUUUGCCGCAACAGCAAGAGCCAUUGCUCCACUAGCCUGUGGCAGUAUCUACGCAUGGUCCAUUGUCCAGGACUACGGUUAUCCUAUUGAUGUCAAUCUUAUGUUUAUCAUCUUUGGCCUGGUCUACAUGGCUGCCGUCAUCUUCAACCUCUUCAUUCCCGAGAGGUUGAACAAGCAAAGGAAGAAGAGGAAGAGGAUGGAACCCACAGAUGAUACGAAAGCCAUUCAGCAACCAGGAUUGCAAAGAAAUCAAGCUGACAGUAAAAGUAGUCCAUGUGCAGUUGAGAAGCAUGAUGGGUUGCGUGGAAUUGAGAUUGUAUUUGAGGAGGAAUGUCCUGAUGAGGACGCGGAAACACAGAGAGAGAGACAUUGAUGACAACUGCUUGUAUAGGCCGUCUAUUAUCAUCAAUGACAACUUUUUAAACAAACAUUACUAGUACAAGGAAUGACUGAUAAUGUAAUUUAUGAUAUCGAUUCCUUGUCCAAUAUUUAUUCAGUGAUCAUGGCUGUCAAUAUUCAUAUCAGACAGAUCUGACGGCUGGUGUUUAGUUUCACCACGAUUCCCAAUCAUGGGUUGAUAACGCUUGGUUUAAACUAACAGUCCAUAUUCCAAGGUGCAUCAACCGAGGACCGUUCAUUCAAUGAAUGUCUACUGAUUCAAUAGAUAAUUUCCUGUAUUAAAAAGUGUAUCAUUCUGCUAUAAGUUAUUAGAUGUAUCAGUAUUUUUAGGCUACUUAUGACUUUGUAUCAAUCUGUGUAGGUUACAUGAUUUGUCCUAUUGUUUGUUACCACUGUAAUAAACUGACUUGUACUAUUCCUGA